UGGCCCGUUUGUACUUUCGAUGGAGAUGCGUUGUGGCGUUUUUAUUUCGUUCGUUGCGACUGUGUUCCGCACAUAUCCUGUAUGUGCCUCUUGACAUAUAUAAGAGAUCGCGUGCUACUCCUCAGACAAUCCUCAUACUCAUCAACCAGCCUUCUCUUCCUCCAAAAAGUUCAUCCUUACAACUACAAAUAGCCAUGGCUACUCAAACCCAUUACCGUAUGGAAUUGAACAAUGUGUUGCAACAAAGGGAUGGAUCCACGAGCGCGUUGACUUGGGAGGCAUUCUCCACAGGCCCCCUUCACGACCCCACGUGGACCUACAUCGCGUAUAUCAAAGGCGUUGAGUAUGGUCGUGGGCAGGGACGUGGCAAAGAUAUCGCCAAGGAAUUGGCAGCCCAACGAGCCCUGAUUGCCCUGAGAGGCUAAAUGAUUAUUAGCUUUCAUAUCCAUAUUGUAUCCCUAGUUUAUAGUAAACCGUCUGUAGAAUUUUCUUGUAGCCAAAUCUCUCC